AUGACUGGCAUCGAGCAGCAGGAGGAGGGUACUGUACAGAAAAACACUCAAGAUGAUAGAUGGCGGAUUGGUCCCAGCACGCACGGCUCUAAAAACGUUCAGGUGUGCGCGUCAGUGUUGUGUGUUGACCCAGCUGAGUGUGUAGGAGCUGUGAGCGCUGGCUGCUGUCUGUUUCAGGACACUGUGACCCUCCCCUGCAGAGCUGUGAACCAGCUUGAAUCCGAAAACCUGAACAGCCCGAAGGACGCUGAACCAAAAGCGAAGCACUUCCUCAUUGGUUCCUCCCACCUCAAACCCGGCCCACUGCAGGUGUGUGUUUCUUACUGUACGAUGUCCCAGAGCAGCCAUGAUAUCUGCCAGCGUUUGAGAAACGCUGCCCAGGUCGCCUCUUGCCCUCGGCCUGCGCCUCUUUGGAGCUCGCCACUCCAACCACGUCUUGUGCUGGAUGACACCACCUCCGUCGCCAUGGUUACCCGCCAAACCGUUGCCAGGGCGACCACCGGAUGCCUCGGACUUGCCGGGAUCGAAACGGUGGACCUCGCAUCCGAGCUGCGAAGCGGUCCGCAGAAAGCAGAGCUCUACUGUUUGUCAGAGGGUGCCAACCUGGUGUCCAUCCACAGUCAGGAAGAAAGCAACUUCGUCAAAUCCCUGAUCAAGAACUUUGAUCCCAAUGAGGGUUACACCUGGAUCGGACUCAGUGACCUGCAUUAUGAUGGCAAAUGGAUGUGGUCUGAUGGGUCUAAAGCGGGCUACUUCAUUUGGAGUACGGGAGAGCCGACCAACUGGCAAGGAAUGGAACAUUGUGUGCACACCAACUAUGGUCCGGACCCCAAGGAUCAAAUACCGUCAAGAGGUUAUACAUGA